GGCGGGGCCUGGCGCGGGGAACGCGGGCGCGCCGAGAGCGACGCGGACGCUGGGUCUGAGGUGGAGGGCCCGCGGUGUUCGCAGCUCCGAGGAUGUGCGGGCGGACGUCCUGCCACCUGCCCAAGGAGGUCCUCGCCCGGGCCUGCGCCUACCGGGACCGGCAGGGCCAACGGCGACUCCCAGAGUGGAGGGACCCGGACCGGUACUGCCCGUCGUACAACAAGAGCCCGCAGUCCAGCAGCCCGGUGCUCCUGUCCCGGCUGCACGUGGAGAAGGGCGCAGACUCAUCUGAGCGUAUCAUUGCUCCCAUGCGGUGGGGCUUGGUCCCAUCUUGGUUUAAAGAAGCUGAUCCUUCCAAGCUGCAGUACAACACUAGCAACUGUCGUAGUGAUACCAUAAUGGAGAAACGGUCCUUUAAGGUGCCUCUGGGAAAGGGAAGACGCUGUGUUGUUUUAGCAGAUGGUUUCUAUGAGUGGCAGCGAUGUCAGAGAACAAGCCGGACGCAGCCCUACUUCAUCUACUUCCCCCAAAUCAAAACAGAAAAGUCAGAGAGCAUGGGUGCUGCAGAUGGCCCUGAGGACUGGGAGAAAGUCUGGGACAACUGGAGGCCGCUGACAAUGGCCGGGCUCUUUGACUGCUGGGAGCCCCCGGAGGGAGGAGACUGCCUGUAUUCUUACACCAUCAUCACAGUGGAUUCUUGCAAAGGCUUGAAUGGCAUCCACCACAGGAUGCCUGCCAUACUAGAUGGAGAGGAGGCAGUCUCUAUGUGGCUGGACUUCGGGGAGGUCUCAGCUCAAGAAGCUCUGAAGUUAAUUCACCCCACGGAGAACAUCACCUUCCACCGAGUCUCCUCCGUGGUGAACAGCUCCCGGAACAACACUCCUGAGUGCCUGCUUCCUCUCCGCUUGCUGGGCAGAAAGGAGCUCAAGGCAAGUGGCAGCAGCCAGAAGAUGUUGCAAUGGCUGGCCACAAAGUCACCCAAAAAGCAAGACACCAAAACACCCCAAAAGGCAGAGUCAGAUGUGCCCCAGUGGUCCAGCCAGUUCUUGAAGAAGAGCCCGCUCUCCCCCAAGAGAGGCGGCGCUGACCUCCUGGAGCGAUGGCUGAAGCGGGAGAAGGAGGAGGAGCCUGUGGCCAAGCGGCCUCACACCCAGUAGCGCAGGACUUCCAGAGGCCGAGGCCGAGGUGCGCCGCGCUGAACACCACGGUGACGACAGGUUGGGGGGGUGGGUGUGGCUUGGAGGAGGUAGCACAGUGUUAGUUAACAGUUGUGGCUUCUUGGGGGAGUGGCUGUCCUGACUGUGACUGGGAACCCCCAGUGGGGUGGGUGGGCAGCCUGGGAAAAGGGAGAGGCACCACCGUCAACUCAUGAUGGCGGGGGGGGGGGGGGGGGCCCUUGUGGCCACGGCUCUCUCCUGGAACCGCGGGGACCUUCCCUCAGAGUCUGACCCUGCUGGCAGUUCUCAGCGUCCCCUGGUACUGCUUAGCAGAGGCUGUUUUCUGUUUAGCCUUCUGGCUCUUUUCAGUGCUUUGGAAUUAAGUUCUUAAAACAUUGUAUUUUUUUCUGAAUAAAGUGUUUGAUAAACUG